GCGGGCGACGUGAUGACGUCAGAGCGCGGCGCGAGUGGCAGCGGCGCUGAGGAGACGCCAUGAGCAAAGCGCAUCCACCCGAGCUGAAGAAGUUCAUGGACAAGAAGCUGUCACUGAAGUUAAAUGGCGGCCGCCACGUGCAGGGGAUCCUGCGGGGCUUCGACCCCUUCAUGAACCUGGUGAUCGAUGAGUGCGUGGAGAUGGCGCCCGGCGGGCAGCAGAACAACAUCGGCAUGGUGGUAAUACGAGGAAACAGCAUCAUCAUGCUGGAAGCUUUGGAACGAGUAUAGUGGCAGAGGAACCCCGUAGGGACCCGACCCUGUUGUGUUUUGUUUACUCACUCGAAUCUAGUGAAGCAACCACAAGUGUAAGCUUAUUUUUUUGUUAAAUAAAUUUUGUACUGGUUGGUGUAA